AUGGUAUCUGGGCGUAGUGAUGGUUCACCUGCAUCACGACGCCUUACACUACCGCAGUUGACAUCAUAUGACAGGUCACGCAAACCACACACGUUACGUUCCGGUGUUGAUACAAAAUCUAUUCAUUUUGAUUGGAUUAGUAAAGAGUUGGAAUGUGGCAUCUGCGAAAAGACAAUACAAAAUACGAUGGUUGUGAGGAAUUGUAUGCAUCGUUUUUGUGCAGAUUGUAUAUUGCAAAGAAUACACACUGGAGCGAGGAAGUGUCCCUCAUGUCAUAAAGUUCUUCCGAAAAAGACACCACUGAAAAGUGAUGCAAAUUUUGAUGCUAUUAUAAAUAAGAUGUGGUGCUUGUAUCAGGCAGUUCAUAUCAAAUUGCUAUCACUUCAGUUCACACUGUCAGUCGAAAGGAGAUGUGUGAAACGUCCGAUCACCGAGUCAAAUAAUUUAUGUUUCACCAAGAAGAGAGUUUUUGAUAAGAAAUCAUCUAUUAAACGUUUGACGAGUUGGAAUACAGUAGUUCCUUCAUCUUCAUCAGAAUGGACACCUUCGAAAAAUGCUAAGGCGUCGGGAAAGUGCGAUUCGAUGACAGAUUCAGCAUCAGACAUACCUUUAGAAAUAAAACCACCGUUAUUGCCUAGCAUGCAUUCCGAUGCAUCCGAUCCUCCGCUCACAAUUGAUGAAGAUUCUUCAGAUGAUGUUUAUCCGAAUUUCGAACAACCAACAACAUCGUCAUAUGCAGAGGGUGAAAACAGAUUAAAUGUUAAUGAUACAAGUCAAAAGAGAACAAAAUCGAGUCGGUUGGCAUCAAAUCACUGUGAAGUGACUCCAGUCGUUGUUUUGCAGAAGUCUAGGAGUCAUGAACGGCUUAAUGGAAUGGCUGUAAAGAAUGCUCAGGUUAAUGGUAAAAACGAGCGUUCUGCAAAGUGCUUGAACGUCUAUCCUCUUCUUGGUCCAUCUACGCACCUUGUAACAAAUCAAGUUAAUUCAAAUUUGAAUCUUUCAACUACUGUUUCGGUUUCUGGGAUUUCAAACGGAAGUUUGCUUCAUGCCAAUGGAAAUAUGAAAAGAACAAUGAAUCCCAAAGUGGGUGAUGGACUGUUGUUAACGCUAUCUUUAGGAAGCAGUAUCCUGGGAGAAGAUGUAAUGAUGAUGUCACCACGUUCUUCUGAGUAUUUGCUGAUGUCAGGAAAGCAGAGGUUAUCGUCAGGAAUAGAAUCAGAACUUGUUCUUAAUCCUGAUGCAAGUGUAGUGAGUGAUGACUCACUACCUAUUGCUGCUAAACAUUUGCGAUACAUUAUCACAUGUCCAAAUACUACAGUUGGUCAUUUAUGUGAAUACAUACUGCAGCGAAUCAGGGUGGAGUCACGUGCUGAAUGGGGCAGAAAGUACAGUGAUAAGUGUCUACCGGAGCGCGUUCUCCUGUGUCCGGUAAAGUCUGAUCUAGCUCUAGAUGAUGUGCUCGUGGUAAAUGAAACGGGAGAGGGUCAGUUUACAACUUUAAAUGUUGGUGAACGGAACAGCGAUCCGAAGUCAGCUUCAGUUUUUACCAUUAAUUCACCAUUUACUGCAUUGGAUGAAUCGAUAACAAUUGAGCAGUUGAAAGCAGAAUAUUGGGCGAAUAAAAAGAGACCACUGAAACUUAUUUUUAAAUUUAUUGGAAAGUCGUAG